UAUGCAAAAAGAUCAUGACUACAAUACAUGUAUACAGUUCUCUGGUAUUGUCAUGGCUUGCAUGCCUAGCGAGAAGCCAGGGUACAAAACCACACAUUCUACUAGUGUUAGCAGACGAUUACGGUUACAACGACAUCGGGUAUCAUGGAUCCGAGAUAAAAACACCCAACUUGGAUAAACUCGCGGGGGAAGGUAUCAAGUUGGAGAAUUAUUACGUACAGCCGAUAUGUACUCCGACACGGAGCCAACUGAUGUCUGGGCGCUAUCAGAUUCACACAGGUCUUCAGCAUGGAGUGAUCUUAACAGCCCAGCCCAACGGACUUCCUCUCGACGAAACAAUACUUCCGCAAAAGCUAAAAGAGGUUGGAUAUGCAACACAUGCUGUCGGAAAAUGGCAUUUAGGAUUUUUCAAGGACGAAUAUCUACCAACCAACAGGGGAUUUGAUUCAUAUUUUGGAUACCUAUCAGGGGCGGAGGACUAUUUGACACAUAGUGCGUGCAAUGGCAGGAUGUGUGGAACAGAUUUACGAGAGAAUACAGACCCUGCUAACUACACUGGGGUAUACUCCGCGCAUUUGUUUGCUCAAAAAGCUGCUGACAUUGUCAAUAAUCACAAUACAGAUCAGCCUCUUUUCCUCUACCUCCCUUUUCAAUCUGUACAUUCCCCACUGGAGGUGCCCGAGGAGUAUAUAAAACCUUAUAUGCAUAUUGAAGACAAGGACAGAAGGACAUAUGCAGGAAUGGUAUCCGCUAUGGACGAGGCCAUUGGAAACCUCACUGAUGUCUUCAAGAAGAAAGGCAUAUGGGAUAAUACACUGAUGGUGUUUUCAACAGAUAAUGGCGGUCAAGUCUAUGCAGGUGGAAACAAUUAUCCUCUAAGGGGAUGGAAAGGUUCUCUGUGGGAGGGAGGAAUGCAUGGAGUAGGGUUUGUUCAUGGUCAGAUGUUGAAGAGAAAGGGGGUUGUUUCACGUGACUUUAUACAUGUGUCGGACUGGUUUCCAACACUUGUAUCAAUGGCCGGUGGUAAUUUGAAUGGAACAAAACCAUUAGAUGGAGUGGACCAGUGGAAAACUAUUAGCGAAGGAGUAUCGACCGGCAAAAGAACGACCCUUCUACACAACAUAGACCCAUUAAAACCACCAGUGGGUGAAAGGCUAUCCGAAAGUCCAUUUGAUAACAGGAUGACAGCGGCGGUUAGAAUGGGCGAUUGGAAGUUAAUAACAGGGUCCCCAGGAAAUGGUAGUUGGGUCCCCCCACCGCACAUGAAAUCAUUGUCUUUCCCACCAGAGACAAAUUUAGCGACCAAGAAUAUCUGGCUUUUCAACAUCACCGCCGAUCCCAAUGAACACAACGAUUUAUCCGACACUAUGCCGAAUGUUGUUAUGCAAAUGUUGGACGUUCUUGCCCAGUUUAACAAAACGGCCGUGCCAUGCAGAUUUCCGGAACCUGAUCCCAAGGCAGACCCGAAAUAUCAUGAUGGAUACUGGGGACCUUGGAUGUGAUGUGCAGUCGAAAAUAUUAGUACCGAUAGACAGUUUUGUUUACAUCCAUGUCCUGUAUAUGUGCUCAAUGUCCUUGUGAUGAUAAUGACACCACGCAAAUAAAAGUAAUAUAUUUAUGAUUUUCAGGCUUGGACGUCCAUGUAGAGUGGUCUCGAAUCAUGUAACUCAAUACACGAGUUUCAUAACAAUUCAAAACAUGAAUUCCUUAUAAUUCUUUUAUUAUUUUUCGCUUUUUAUGUUAGCGAAAUAAGUAUAUAUAAUGACAGUUUGAUGAAAAG